GUUUCAUCGCAUGUUGCCCGACUUUUCGACUUCUAUGUCUAUGUACCGCGCAUUCUUUUCGUCAUGAGUCAGGAGUAUUUCCCCGGCAAAGGCGGUUCUUCUGCCGGCGAGGGUUCGUCAAGACAUCCUCCGCAACAGGAAUCGUCCGAGUACCCUUUCUUCCCGAACGCCCCGCCCGCGUACAUGACCGUUGGAAAUGGCGCGACCUCCGAGAGCGCUACGGCCUUGAUGGCAUCGUUGAACGAAGAUUCCGGUUAUGGCGGCAGUAUUGCGAGUGGCAGUUUGAUGGAUGGUGAUGUUGGUGGCGACUGGAGAUCAGAUAUGAUGGUGGACAGACCGACUCCGAUGCAUACCCCAACCCUUCCCGGACAGUGGAAUCCAGCAGCGGAGCACGAGAGACAGGUGUACGCGAGCCAUGUUCACCAACUACAAUAUAAUUCCAACAGAACGAAGUUGGGACGCGCUAUCACACGAACAAUCGAAACUUUGAAGGAACUACAGGAAACGAACCGCCAAUGGCCCGCCCACUAUCCCUCAGUGCAAGGCGCGUCAGAUUCUCCUUCGGACAGACCCGCGUUGCGCCAAGCGCAGUCGUUCUUCGAUGAUGGAAACAUCCAGCAGGGUGAAUUCAGGCCAGGGCCGAUCAGACGAGCGGCUACGGUAUCAAAUAGCGACGAUUUGGCUUCGGCAGAAUCAAGUGCCGCCGCGGAGCGUCGGCCAGCGCCAGAGCCGAGAUUGAUGAGCCCGCAGAUAGCGCAAGAAUUCUCCAUUCUAAAGCUAGACCUAAAGCUAGGUGCUUUAUCGCAAGUGGAAUUAGUACAUUCGUUGGAAAAGGCCUCUAUCGCAUCGCUUUUGGAUGGGAAGAUCAGCCAGAGUGUCAAACACCUUCUCUCGCUGCGCGACAGAAUCGAAGAUACGUCAAGUAAGGUUCUGAUCACUGGUGACCUUAACGCGGGAAAGUCAACUUUCUGUAAUGCUUUGCUGCGUCGCAAGGUAUUGCCCGAAGACCAGCAGCCCUGCACGAGCAUCUUCUGUGAGGUCCUCGAUGCACGGGAGAACAGUGGGGUUGAGGAGGUACACGCUGUCCACAAGGACAUGGAUUACAAUCGCAACGACGAGAGUACAUAUGAUGUAUAUCCGCUUAGUCAACUCGAGGAUAUUGUGAUCGAUAACUCCAAGUACAUGCAAUGCAAAGUUUACGUUAAGGACGUGCGAACCAUCGACGAGUCUCUGUUGAAUAAUGGAGUUGUUGACAUCGCCCUGAUUGAUGCCCCUGGUUUGAACUCGGAUUCUUUGAAGACAACAGCUGUCUUUGCUCGACAGGAAGAGAUCGAUGUUGUUGUGUUCGUGGUUUCCGCUGCCAAUCAUUUCACCCUCUCAGCCAAAGACUUUAUCCACAAUGCCGCAAAGGAAAAAGCAUAUAUGUUUAUCGUCGUCAACGGAUUCGACCAGAUUCGCGAUAAGCAACGAUGUGAGCGGAUGAUUCUGGAUCAAAUUAACAAACUCAGCCCUCGCACAUACAAGGAAUCUGCGGAACUCGUUCAUUUCGUAUCAAGCAAUGCCGUUCCUGUUGCACCCCCGAUGUCUGUAACAAGUUCUGGUUCUGGUGGCGGCGGCGGAGGCUUCGAUCCAGACGAAAAUGAUGACGACGAUGACUCGCAUGAUAGUAAGCCCAAAGGCAAAGGCAAAGACAAAGGAAAAGAGAAGCAAAAGAUUCAAGACUUUGAGAACUUAGAAAGCUCUUUGCGACGAUUCGUUCUGGAAAAGCGAUCCCGCUCGAAGCUUGCUCCUGCCAGGACUUAUCUUCUCAACUUGCUUGGAGAUCUAAAUUCCCUCGCUUCCGUCAACCGUGACAUUGCCCAGGCAGAACUCAAGCGCGUUACAGAAGAACUGGCAGAGCUGGAACCUGCCUACGAGGGUGGACAGAAGAAGAAAAUCGAGCUUGAUGUGCAGGUGGAGAAGUAUAUUGACGAUUCAUGCGAAGAUGUUUACAACCAUACGCGAUCGACCCUGUCAGACACUAUUGCUCGCGUCUCAGAAGCUGACCUAGGUGUUGAAUACCCCGGCAUCUUCUCUGCAUUCCAGUAUGCAGAAGAUUUGAAGUUGGCCAUGCUGGAACAGAUCUCCACAGCAGCCGAAGCCUGCGAGGAUUAUGCACGCAGAAAGACAGUAGACGGUGUAGAUGCCAUCCAAAAGAUUGGUCUUUUGCAUGUUGGAGACAAGUUUGCUCCCUUAAAUUUCCGUGCCGAUAUGAUGUUCCGCCGUAGUCGACGCCAUACAUUUGCCAAACAGGUUGACACCGAAGUUGAACUAUGGGAUUUCUUCGAUUUUGCUGGCAUCUGGGAGCGCCAAGAGAAGGUGGCCGGAACAGGAAUGGCCAUGACAGCUGUAACUGUCCUUGGAGGCAGAGCUUUUGGCGGCAUUAGCUGGGUUGAUAGCGUGUUCAGUACAAUCAAGUUCAUAGGACCCAACAACUUGCGACGCUUCCUUGUUCCGGGUUUGGUCGCAGCUGCUGCUUUGACUACCGCAUACGUAUUGUCUACGAUUCCCAGCACACUACCCCCUCGUCUCUCGCGCAAGCUCGCCGCUGCGCUCGAAGAGAAGGACUACGUGCAUUCUAACGCAACUCGGAUCUCUACAGAAAUCCGGCGAGUCCUCCGUAUUCCCGCCAACAACCUCCAAUCCAGUCUUGCCCAAGAUAUCGAAGACCUCGCAAGACGUAAGCACGAAGUCAGCAAGACCAAGGUUGAGAGUGAGACUGCAAGCAAGUACUUCUCCAAUCUCUUCCGGGAGAGUGGCGAGAACAGGACCUCAGUGGAGAGCAUCGACCUUGAUGGCCCGUUGCCGGGUGCGAUGGCUGCCCAUGGACCAUGAGCUUUCCAUCUCUGUUGCCUUGCGUGUACAAAAAGUAAUGAUUCUGUAUGAGUUAUCCGGCCAGCUGCCCCCUCGUGGGUGCUAAUUCUGCUUCGCUUCCCAAAUAUCCAUAUCCCCAUGUACAACAAUCAUUGUUCAUUCUUCCCUGCUUUUUCACCCUCACUUAUUUUUACCCUUUCGCCAUGAG